CUGGGAUGUUGGACACCGGAGGAGAGAUCUCGGUUUCAGCUCAUGUUAUGUCACCAAAGACAGUUGCAUUGCAGUUGAAGAUGAUCGGUCGCUGAUGGCACAUAAGUAUAGUACUGUGUUCCGCGUUGCCAACAGCUCAACAAUCACUUAAAUUACUUACCACACAUGGGCGAGACUGAUAUCUAUCUAUCCGUAGUGUUAUGGAAUUGCUAAUAGCCGACCGAGGCGCCCUGUUACAGACGAUGCAUGUGGGAGGACUCAUCCUCCACUUGCAGUAUGCGUACGCUGGUUCGGAUUACUCAAUCAGUUCGAUAACAAGGUAUCCAUCAACUCACUCAUCCAUGCCCAGCCUCCACGUUGGGCAAUUUACCCUCUGUGGCAAAAAGAACGCGCGCGACAUGGCCAAAAUAUGUACAGAUCGUUCAACUGCAGUGCUGGCUGUGACAGUGGAGGCUGGCAGCCGAAGUAGAAGAAGGGGUUCUUGUGGUAUAGACCCGGGUAGCUGUUGUGCCAUGUCACGGCUUUGGUGAUAUGACAUAUGACGUCUCUCACGG